AUGAAUGAAAAUACGCCAUUAUUAAAUAAUAGUAGCAAUGGUUCCUCCAAUGCCAAUGCUAACGGCUACAGCGCCAACCCGGAACAACUACAACAAUUACAACAAGAUAGACAUCGGAGAGGUGUAUUCAUGAAACCAAAAAUUCAUAAGUGUCCUGGUGGUGAUUAUGAUGAAUUUGAUGAGGCUUGGAUGCAGGAGCAGCGAAAAUUCAUUGAACGAGCUGGAACGAAACCAAGCUUGAAAAAAAGGAUAAAGUUUGAUUUAGAUACUUCAAAAAAAGGAAGAUUCUGGGAAUUAUUUGAUGUUAUCAUGUCAAUGACAUUUGUCUUUUUAUAUAUUUGGAACACACAAUAUGUAAAGAUCGACCAAGACCCGAUACCAUAUCCUCGAAUUUAUCAAAAUGCAGACUUAAUUAUUGCUUGUAUUAUUUUAGUUCAAUAUAUUCCUCACAUUUGGCUUGCAGAUGAACCUCUACAAAGUUUUAUCAGUGUUUAUUCAGUGCUUACUUGGCUAUCAGUGUUUCCAGUGAUUGCAGCCUCUAUUAUAACAAUAUUUGAUGAUGAAAUUGACAAUACUUAUAUGGGAGCUGGAAUUUUGUAUGGACAUCAUGAUAAUGUUGAACAUUUGAGUUUUAUGGAUACCUUUUUUUUUACAGUUGUGAGCUGUACAAAUGGAAUGUCAACAGAUAUAGUACCAGAUAACACCUUUACUCGAAUUGUGAUAUUAUAUGUUAUGAUAGCAGGAGCAGUAUUUCUUCCCUCAAACUUAUCAGAACUUCUUGAUCUUAUUAGACAAAGAUCAAAAUAUUCUCGUCCAUAUAAACCUGAAUUUAAUAUGAAGCAUAUCCUUGUCACUGGAGAUUUUGAUGGGACCAGUCUAUACGAAUUUCUACGUGAAUUUUUUUGUCAAGAUCAUGGUUUGGAUACAAUGAAUACUGAAGUUGUUGUGUUAAAUCCUGAAGAGCCAGAAGAUGAUAUUGCAUUAUUGUUAGAAGAUCCUGCGUUUACCACCAGAGUACAAUAUGUCAAAGGGUCAACAACUUCACGUCAAAGUCUUGAGAAAGUUAGGCUUGAUAUCGCCAGUGUAGUAUUUAUAUUAUCUAAAAAAUUUUCUAAAAAUGAUGAUGAAGAUGAUGCAGCACAAAUAUUAAGAACAUUGGCUAUUAAAAAAUAUAAUAAUAAAAUACCAUUAUAUGCUCAAAUUCACUUACCUGAAAAUGUGCCACAUUUUGAUUUCUUGGCCAAUGAUGUGAUUUGUAUAGAUGAAAUAGCAAUGGGUUUAAUGGCUCAAAGUUUAAUAAUUCCUGGUUUCUAUUCACUCAUUGUAUUGUUGACAACUUCCGUCACUAAAAAAGUAACAAAUAAUUUAAUUUCUAGUGCAAAAAAGAAACAAGGAUUGCAUUGGGCACUUGAAUAUAUUAAUGGGAUUAAUCAAGAAAUUUAUGCUGUAACAUUCUCAAAGGAUUUUAUUGGUAAAACUUUUCUAGAAUGUUCAGAACUAGUUUAUAACCGAUUAGGGGCAGUUUUAUUUUCAAUUGGAAUUUACAGAAUAACACAAAGUUCCAAGGAACCAUUUAAACAAUUACCACCAAACGCCUCACCAUUUCAAAUAUUUUUAAAUCCACAAGAUUAUGUUAUAGAAGGAAACGAGAUUGGGUUUGUGAUUUGUGAUAAUGCUGAGAUAACUAUUAAAAUGGCUCGAUUCGUUGAACAUGUUCAAACUCCCUACAAAUACACGAGUUUAUCUUUUAUAACUCAGUCUGCGCAUGAUUUAUUUGCAAAGAAAAACGGUGAAAAUAGAAAUAUUAAUGAUGAUACUCAAACUGAAAAUAAUUUAGAUCAUACAAAAUUAAAAAUUAAAGCUACUGUAGAUGACAUUGAUGACGGUGGAGAACCAUCGGAUUUGCAAUCAAAUGUGAUUGAUUCAGAAAUAAUACAAAAUAAUAUAGACAAUGCGGCUGCUUAUUGCUUCAAUGAAAAAUCAGAAAUUCCACAUGUUAAAGAUCAUGUUUUAAUUUGUAAUUAUAGUGAAAAUUUUCCUGCUAAUCUUGACAUCUUUAUGAUGGUUCUCCGUGGGGAAAAAACUUCCACCAAACAUUCACCAAUAGUUAUCUUAUCUCCUAACGAACCCGAUGAUUACCAAAAAAGGUCUUUGUCAAAAUUUAAUCCUGUCCAUUUUAUUAAUGGAUCUCCUUUAAGAAGAAAAGAUUUGUAUAAAGCGAGAGUUAAUUAUGCAAAUAAAUGUAUCUUAGAUAUCCACCUUCAUGUCGAGUAA